AUGGGGUCUACCAUUCCCGGCCUCGACGAAGACAUCGCCAUCAUCGGCAUGGCCUGCCGCUUCCCCGGCGACGCCACGAGCCCUUCGAGGCUGUGGGAGCUGCUGAUGGACGGCAGGUCGGCCUGGUCCGAGAUCCCGGCGUCGAGAUGGAACUGGGAGGCGCACUACCACCCGUCGCAGGAGCGCGCGGGGAGCAACACCGUCAGGGGCGGGCACUUUUUGCGCGACGGCGAGCAGAACGGCAAGCAGUUCGACGCGGCCUUCUUCAACAUCACCCGCAAAGAGACGGAAACGAUGGAUCUUCAGCAGCGGAUAGUCCUGGAAAAUGUCUACGAAGCAAUGGAGAGCGCCGGCCUCCGGCUCGAGGACGUCAAGGGCAGCAAAACCAGCGUGUUCGCGGGCGUCUUCACCGACGACGUCCGUUCCAUCUUGCAAGAGGACCCGGACCUAUCCGUCAGGUAUAAGCCCAUCGGCACCAGCGCCGCCAUCCUCGCGGCCCGGGUAAGCUGGUUCUACGACCUGAGAGGCAGCAGCUUCACCUUGGACACGGCGUGCUCGAGCAGCAUCGUGGCGUUGCACACGGGAGCCCAGGACCUGCGCGCCGGGCUCAGCGAUAUGUCCAUCAUCACCGGGGUCAAUAUAAUCGAGUCCCCCGAGUUCAUGUUCCGCGCCAGCGGCCUCGGCAUGGUGUCGCCCGACGGCAAGUGCUUCUCGCUCGACGCGCGCGCCAACGGCUACGGCCGCGGCGAGGGGGUGGGCACGCUGAUUCUCAAACCCGUGCGGGCGGCCAUCCGCGACGGCAACGUGAUCCGCGCCGUGGUGCGCGGCACAGGCGUCAACUCGGACGGCCGCGGCACGGGCGGCAUCACGCUGCCUAACAAGGAGGCCCAGGUACGCCUCAUACGGGACGUGUACGCGCGCAACAACCUCGACCCGGACCACACCGGCUUCCUCGAGGGCCACUUCACGGGCACGCCGGCCGGCGACCCGAUCGAGGCGAGCGCCAUCGCGGCUGUGUUCCAGCGUGGCGAACCGCCGAGAGGGGCGGCAGCGGCGGCGGCGGCCGCCGACAGGCCGCCGCUGUACGUGGGCGCGGUCAAGGCCAAUAUUGGCCACGUCGAGGCGGCGUCCGGCAUGGCCCAGGUGAUCAAGACGGUCUUGGUGCUGGAAAACGGCAUCAUACCGCCCAACACCAACUUUGAAAAGAUCAACCCCAGGAUACCCAUUGACAGAUGGGGCCUCAAGCUGCCUCUGGUCCCGACACCGUUUGAGGCAGGGCCCUCGGGUGUCCGGCGCGCGAGCAUCAACAGCUUCGGGUUUGGCGGCACCAACGCCCACGUCGUGCUGGAUGACGCGAAAAGCUAUCUGGACAGGUUGGGUCUGGGUGGUGAGAGGGGCAGCCUCUUACACGCAACAAAGCCGGGCACAGGGGCACCACUCGCAAGCUCCCCCGGAGAGGACAAGAGCUCGCAGCAGCAGCAGCAGCAGGCCGUGGCAGGCCACAAGAUCUUCUUCUUCUCGGCCAACGAUCAAGACGGCAUCUCGCGGGUCCUCGCCAGCCUCGCAGAGCACCUGCAGAAGAAGCAACAGCAGCAGCAGACUGGCGAGAACGGAUCAACCUCCCAAACAGACAUGGACGACGCAUACCUCUCCAGCCUCGCCAUGACGCUUUCGGAACGGCGCUCACGCCUAGCCUGGCGCCUCGCCAUCACCGCCGACUCGGCCACGUCUCUCGUUGCCGCGCUCGCCGAUCCCACCACCAUCACGGCCGGCGCCGUCCGGCCCGGCAAGGCCUCGACGCCCGCCGCGGCCUUCAUCUUCACUGGCCAAGGCGCGCAGUGGUUCGCCAUGGGCCGCGAGCUGCUCGUCUUCGACGUCUUCCGCGCGAGCGUCGCCGAGGCCGACAGGUUCAUCGCCGGCACGCUCGGCAGCGGGUUCAGCGUGCUGGAGGAGCUCGCGCAGCGCAGCGCCGAGACCAGCAGGAUCGACCAGCCGCUGUACUCGCAGACGCUGUGCACCGUGCUGCAAGUCGCCCUCGUGGACCUGCUGGCCAGCUGGAACCUGGCGCCCAGGCGCGUGGUCGGGCACUCGAGCGGCGAGAUCGGGGCGGCGUACGCGGCGGGCGCGCUGGAUCGCGAGUCGGCCUGGAAGGUCGCGUACUACCGCGGCGUCGUCAGCGCGAAGCCCGCGGCCGACAACGCGCGCGGCGCCAUGAUGGCCAUCGGAUGCACCGCCGACGAGGCAGGCCCGCUCAUCGCCCGGGUUCACGAGGAGCUCGGCGCCGACGGGGAGCUCGUCAUCGCCUGCUACAACUCGCCCCGCAGCCUCACCAUCUCGGGAGACGAGACCAAGGUGGACGCGCUGAUGAAGGUGGCGAGCGGCAAGGGGCUCUUCGCGAGGAAGCUGCGCGUAGCCAAGGCGUACCACUCGCGCCACAUGAUUCCCGUAUCCGACGAAUACCGGUCGCUGAUGGGCACGCUCCGAGCUGGUGCCGCCACUGCUGCUAGUGCUGCUACUGCUACUACUGCUGCCGCGGUCAAGGUCAAGCAGCCGCCGUCGUCCGACGAUGUGCAGGUCGUGUCUUCGGUCACGGGCGGUCUGAUCGCCGCGAGCGACAUGACCAACGCCGAAUACUGGGUGCGGAACCUCGUGUCGCCGGUGCGGUUCUCGCAGGCGCUCGUGGCCCUGUGCACCUCCAACGUCGCCAAGAGGCAGCUCAAGGUCGGCGGCGGCGCCGAGCUGCCCGUGUCGCACCUCGUCGAGAUCGGCCCGCACGGCGCGCUGCAGGCGGCGGCGCGCGACGCCGUGCUCAGUGACCCGAACCACAAGGCCCUGCGCUACAUCUCCGUCCUGACUCGAGGGAAACACGCGUGUGCCACUGCGCUGAACGCAGUCGGCGCGCUGGCUGCGGCGGGCCUGCCGGUCGACCUGGCCAAGGUCAACAGGUACAACAACAACAACAACAACAACAACAGCAACAGCAACAGCAACAAGGCCAUGCUGGUCGAUCUGCCGCCGUACCCCUUCCAUCACGCAAAGGAGACGUAUUCCUGGCUGGAAUCCCGCACCAGCCGCGCGUGGCGGUUCCGCAAACACGCCCGGCACGACGUCCUCGGCGCCCCCGUCCGCGACUGGGACCCGGACGCCCCGAGGUGGCGCAACCACCUCCGCGUGUCCGAGGUGCCGUGGCUCCGCGACCACAAGGUCACGGACAGCAUCGUCGUCGCCGGCGUGACGUACCUCGUCAUGGCCAUCGAGGCCGUGCGCCAGCUGUACGGCGACAGGGGCGAGGCGCCGCUCGGCUUCAACCUGCGCGACGUGAGCAUCUCGCGCGCGCUACAGGUCAGCGAGGACGAGCACACCGAGACCAUGUUCUCCAUGAAGCGCGUCGCCGAGUCGCGCCAGUCGGACAGCAGCCUGUGGUGGGAGUGGAAGGUCACGUCCUUCAGCGCCCACGACGACACCUGGCUGGAGCACAGCCGCGGGCAGAUCGCCGCCGAGACCGAGGCCUCGACCGCCACGGGCGUCGUGGACGACGGCCGCGAGGAGAGGGCGCAGCGCCGCCACUACAGCGAGCUGCUGUCCACCGUGACGCGGGCCUGCGCCGCGCCGCAGACGGAGCUUCUCCCGAGCAAGUACGCCGAGCUCGAGCGCAUCGGCCUCGGGUUCGGGCCCCUGUUCCGCAACAUCGUCAGCAUGUACGGGUACUCCAGCUCCAAGAGCGACAGCGACAGCGGCAGCGGCAGCGGCACCAGCAGCGUCCACAAGACGGGCGGCGGCCAGUCGCUUGCCACGAUCCGCAUCCCAGACAUGGCCACGGCCAUGCCGGCGCACGCGCUCGCCCCCUCGGUGAUCCACCCGCCCGUCUUCGACAGCAUCUUGCAGUGCUUCAUCUUCGCCUUGCAGGCCUCGGCCGAGCGACUGACGGAGCCCAUGGUGCCUGUCGCCAUGCGCAGCGUGUGGGUCAGCGCCGCCAUCGAGGCCCAGCCCGGUGCCGAGCUCACGGUGCACGCCGCCGCCGGCCGCGUCGGCCACAAGAGGGCCGAGGCAGACAUCACGGCCUGGAGCACCGACCGGGGGGCCGAGAGACCCGUGAGAGUCGUCAUGCGCGGCAUCGAGGCCGUGCCUUUGCAGCAUAGCGCGGCGGCGGCGGCGGCGGCGGCCGGCAGCGGGCGCGAAAUCUGUUUCACUCUGGACUGGAAGCCGGACGUGGACAUCCUCGAGGCAAACGGCGAGGCCGAGGCCUGCAUACGCCGCGCCCUGCAGCCGCUGGAGACGCCAGCGCUCGAGGAGAGCGCCGCCGAACAGCUCCGAGACGUCCAGUUGGCGUGCGUCAUCUGCAUCACCGAGGCCGUCAAGGAGCUCGAGGCGCGGCCGCUCGCAGACGAAGAGGCGUUGCCCGACCACCUCAAGAAAUACCUCGGCUGGCUGCGCCUGAUCGCCGACGAGUACGAAAACAACAACGUGCUCCGCCAGGACGCCUCGUGGCCGGCCAUCGUGGAAGACGCCGCGGCACGCGACAGGUUCCUCGCCGAGUACGAGGCGUCGGGCCACCCCGAGGCCGUCAUGAUUUGUCGGAUGGGGCGCAAUAUCGCGCCCAUCCUCCGCGGCGACGUCGACGGACUGCACCUGCUAUUCGGCAUGGACGACAUGCUCGAGCGCGUGUACCGCGUCGCCAUUGGGACCCAGAAGAUCCACGCCCUGAUGGGCGAGUAUGCCAGGACGUUGAGCCACAAGCGCGGCGCUGACCUCAGGGUGCUGGAAAUCGGUGCCGGGACCGGCGGCACGACGACCAGCAUCCUCGAGGCCGUUUGCCCGACGGGCACCCGCGUCAUCGGAGACUCGCGGCUGCUCAAGUACACGUACACGGACAUCAGCCCGAGCUUUUUCGACACGGCGGCAACCAAGUUGGGCAAGUGGAAGGCCGGCGGCGUCAUCGAAUUCAAGACGUUGGAUAUCGACAGAGAUGUCGAGGAGCAGGGCUUCGACCUGGCCUCGUACGACCUGGUCAUCGCCGCCAACUGUCUCCACGCGACCUCGGACAUCACCAAGACCAUGGCCCGCGUCAACAGUCUGUUGAAACCCAGCGGCAAACUCUUCCUCCAGGAAACUACCGAGCAACGGUGCCUCGAGUCUCCUCUGGUGUUCGGCAUGCUUGCAGGCUGGUGGGCUGCCAAGGAGGACUUCCGCCCCUGGGGUCCGCUGCUGGAUGGCAAAGGGUGGCAGCGAGUGCUGCGCGAUGCCGGCUUUUCCGACACUGUGCUGGAGCUCAAGGACUCGCCGAGAGAGGAGCAACACGUGCAGAGCAUGGUUGUAGCGACGCGGCCAGCGGAGGGGGAAGAAGAAGAACAACGAGAAGAAGAAGCCACCAGCAACAAGCAGCAGCAGCAGCAGCAGCAGCAGAAGCAGCUCGACGAGGACGAUGUUAUCCACCGGGUGUUUGUCAUUGCGCAUACAACGCCCGAGGACGUCGCCCUGGCUACGUCUGUGGCUUCUGCCGUGUCCGAGGUGACCAAGCUCGGCGUGAGCGUCGUUCGGUUCGCCGACCUGGCCCAGCACAAACUGACAAACACAUGCUGCAUCGUGACGAUGGAGACCACCGCGCCCUUCCUCUCGUCGUCCUUCAGCGAGGCCGAGUUCUCGCUGUUGCGCCACGUGCUGACCACGGCCGGAGGGCUUCUUUGGCUCACGCUCGAUCCGCACGAGAAUCCGCACAUGGCGUUGAUACCAGGCCUGCUUCGUACCGUCCGCUGGGAGAGAGACCUCGACGGCUCGGACCUGUUGCUUCUGCACCUGCCCUCGUCUGCCGAGGCCUCGCUCGUUGCCUCCAGCGUCGUUAAGGUCUUCAAGCAUCAUUUCGCCGGACCCUUCCUGUCGCCGGAUCGCCAUGCCGACUACCUCGUCAGCCCGGACCAUGGCGGGCCAGGCUUCAUCCAGACGGCCCGAAUCGUCGCCGCUCCCCCCGUCAACGACUUCAUCGCACGGAGGACGACCGUGCUCCAGCCUCAGCUGCAGGCGUUCGGUGCCGACCCGGGCCGCAGCCUGAAGCUCCACACCUCCGGGCCGGGGAAUCUGGACAAGCUGCACUUCGUCGACUGGCCGGGCGCAGAGCAGCCCCUCGGGGCCAACGAGGUCCAGGUAGACAUCAAGUCGGCGGGCCUGAACUUCCGCGACGUCAUGGUGGCCAUGGGCGAGCUGGCCAACAACAUUCUCGGCUACGAGGGCGCCGGCGUCGUCACGCACGUCGGCGCCGAGGUGACGGAUGUCAAGGUCGGCGACCGCGUCAUCGCCGUCUGGAAUGGCGCCAACAACUGCCUCCAGACCCGUAUGAGGGUGCCCCGGGACCUCCUGGCCAGGAUCCCCGACAGCAUGUCGUUCGAGGAGGCCGCCAGCAUCCCCGUCGUCUUCGUGACGGCCUACUUUUGUCUGUACGAGGUGGCGCGUCUCAAGGCCGGCGAGACCAUCCUCGUCCACGCCGCGGCGGGCGGCACAGGCCAGGCCGUGAUCCAGCUGGCCAAGCAUCUGGGCGCCGAGGUCUACGCAACGGUUUCCUCGCGCGAGAAGAGGACGCUGCUGAUGGACGAGUACGGCCUUGCCGAGGAUCACAUCUUCAGCAGUCGCGACUUGUCCUUUGCAGACGGCGUUAUGCGAAUGACCGAUGGCAAGGGCGUCGAUGUGAUUGUCAACUCUCUCUCGGGCGAGGCACUGCGUGCCUCCUUCGGCUGCAUCGCCAUGUUCGGGCGGUUUGUCGAAAUAGGGAAACGCGACAUCAUGGCCAACAGCAAAAUCGGCCUGCUCCCCUUCAGCCGAUGCGCCACCUUCACGGCCGUCGACCUCGCCCAGAUAACGACCCUGGCGCGCCCGCUGGCCUCGCGCAUCAUGCGCUCCGUCGUCGACCUGCACGCCGCUGGCACGCUCCACGCCUGCAGGCCGCUCAACGUGCACACCUUUGGCGAGAUGGAAGACGCCUUCCGCAUCCUGCAGCAGGGCAAGCACACGGGCAAGGUCGUCCUCACGGCGCACCCAGAGGACCUCGUCAAGGUCGUCCCCAAGCCGCCUGCGCCGACGCGUCUGAGACCCGACGCGACCUACCUGCUGCCCGGCGGCGCUGGCGGGCUCGGGCGGUCCAUCGCCAAGUGGAUGGCCGGGCCGGCGCAGGGCGCCAAGAACCUGGUGUUCCUCUCGCGCAGCGGUGCCGACGCCGCGACGACGCGCGAGCUGCUCGCCGAGCUGGCUGCCGCGGGCGUGCGGGCGACGGCGCUCAAGUGCAACGUCGCCGACGAGGCACAGCUGGUCGCGGCGCUGGCCGAGCUGGCUCGCCUGGGCUUCCCCCGCGUCGCGGGCGUCAUCCAGGGGGCGAUGCAGCUCCGCGACUCGGCCUUUGAGUUCAUGUCGCACGCGCAAUGGGAAGAGUGUCUGGGUCCCAAGGUGCAGGGCACGUGGAACCUGCACAAGCACCUGCCCGCCGACAUGGACUUCUUCGUGAUGCUGGGCAGCGUCGCCGGGCUCGUCGGCAACCGGGGCCAGUCCAACUACGCGGCGGGCAACACGUUCCAGGAUGCGCUCGCUAUACACCGGCGCGCGCGGGGGCUGGCGGCGACGUGCAUUGAUCUGUGCAAUGUCAUGAGCGUCGGCUUUGUCGCCGAGAACCAGGAGACGCUGAAUAAGAACCCGCUGUUCUUCUACGCGCACGACGGCAUCCGCGAGGACGAGUUCCUCAGUCUGGUCGAGUUCCACCUCGACGCCGAGCGGGCGGGCUGCCGGGGCCGGCCCCAGAUCGGCGUCGGCCUGGCGCCGCUGUCCGUGUUCAAGGAGCGCGGGCUGCCCGAGCCGACGUUCAUCAAGUCGCCGCUGUUCCGGCAGCUGCGGUCGGCGAGCGGCGAGUCGGGCGCCGCGGCGGACGCUGCCGCGGGGGCGGAUCAGAACGGCGCCGUCUCGGUGACGCAUGCUCUCAAGUUUGCCGAAAGCCUGGAGGCGGCGGCAGACAUCAUUUGCGACGCGCUGGUGAAGAGGAUCAGCCGCACGAUGCGGAUUUCAGAGCCGGACAUUGACGUCGGCAAGCCGAUUCAUGUCUACGGCGUGGACUCGCUGGUGGCGAUGGAGAUCCGGAACUACCUCGCCAGUGAGUGCGGGUCUGCGAUUGCCGUCCUGGAGAUCAUGGGCAACAAAAGCAUUGAGGUUCUGAGUGGUGAGAUUGCCAAGGGAAGCAAGUUUGUACAAAGUGCGAAGAAAGCAGCCUGA